CGGUCAAUGAUGCCCUUCGGCUUGAUGCGUCGAGAGCUGGCCUGUGAAGGCUACCCGAUCGAGCUGCGCUGCCCAGGAAGUGAUGUCAUCAUGAUUGAGACGGCCAACUAUGGCCGCACUGAUGACAAGAUCUGUGACGCAGACCCCUUCCAGAUGGAGAAUGUGCAGUGCUACCUUCCCGACGCCUUCAAAAUAAUGUCACAGAGGUGUAACAAUCGCACUCAGUGCGUGGUGGUAGCAGGGUCGGAUGUGUUCCCGGACCCCUGCCCAGGGACCUACAAGUACUUGGAGAUCCAGUAUGAGUGUGUCCCCUACAAAGUGGAUCAAAAAGUAUUUGUGUGUCCGGGGACGCUGCUGAGGGUGCAGGUGCCCAGCUCUCAGCAGGAGGCAGAACACCAGGCAGGGGCAUGGUGUAAGGAUCCGCUGCAGUCUGGAGACCGUCUGUACGUCAUGCCCUGGACCCCCUAUCGCACUGACAUGCUGUAUGAAUACGCCUCCUGGGAAGACUUCAAACAGAACCGAGCCACCACCACCUACAAGCUGCCCAACAGAGUUGAUGGCACAGGGUUUGUUGUGUACGACGGUGCUGUGUUUUACAACAAAGAACGCACACGAAACAUAGUCAAGUAUGACCUACGUACACGCAUCAAGAGCGGUGAAGCGAUUGUCACAAAUGCCAACUAUCACGACACCUCGCCCUACCGAUGGGGAGGGAAGUCGGACAUUGACUUGGCCGUGGAUGAGAACGGCCUCUGGGUGAUCUACGCCACUGAAUCCAACAACGGACGACUGGUGGUCAGCCAGGUGAACCCGUACACCCUGCGCUUUGAAGGCACCUGGGAGACCAGCUUCGACAAGAGGAUGGCAUCCAAUGCCUUCAUGGCUUGUGGAGUGCUUUAUGCUGUGCGGUCAGUCUACCAGGACGAUGACAGUGAGGCAGGUGGAGACUUGGUGAUGUAUGCCUACAAUACCAAUCGUGCGCGCGAGGAACCUGUCAACAUUGCUUUCCCCAACCCCUAUCAGUACAUUUCCUCUGUGGACUACAAUCCUCGAGACAACCAGCUUUACGUCUGGAACAAUUACAACGUGCUGCGCUACCCGCUGGAGUUUGGACCACCAGACCCCACCACUGGCCCUCUGACCACCACCCAAGUGACCACCACCCUUCCAGCGAGGCCGUUUACCUCCAGCGCCAGUCCCUCUACUGCCCGGCCUCUGGCCCCCACCUCACGUCCAAUCGGCUCCAUCAACAAGCAUCCUGAUCUUCGACCAAUCACAGCCACUGUGCCUGUCACCCGCCGACCACCCCGUCCUCCUCAAGGCCCAGAGCCUCAUGUGUGCGAGGCCAAGCUGGUCCGUGGCGUCCCGUGGCCCACCACACAGCCAGGAGAAACAGUAGACCGCCCUUGUCCCAAAGGAUCUCUUGGCAUCGCUUCGUUCCAGUGCUUGGCGGAGCAGGUCAUGUGGAACCCACGGGGUCCUGACCUGAGUAACUGCACCUCCCCGUGGGUCAACCAGGUGGCCCAGAAGAUAAAGAGUGGGGAGAACGCUGCCAACAUAGCUAGUGAGCUGGUGAACCACACACGGGGUCGGAUCCAGGCCGGAGACGUUAGCUCCUCCGUCCGACUGAUUGAGCAGCUGCUGGAUAUACUGGAUGCCCAGCUUCAGGCUCUAAGGCCUGGAAACAAGGAGUCGGCUGGACGAAACUACAACAAGUUCCAGAAGCGAGAGCGGACCUGUCGGGCGUACAUCCAGGCGGUGGUGCAAACAGUGGACAACUUGCUCCGACCUGAGGCUCUGGAGUCAUGGCAGGACAUGAACAGCACCGAGCAGGCUCACACUGCCACCAUGCUGCUGGACGUCCUGGAAAAGGGAGCUUUCCUCUUGGCUAACAACAUGUAUGGGAAUCGCUUUUCUGACCGGGCCCCCAGCAUUGAUCUCGAGGUGCAUGUUGUAAACACAGAGAUGGACCUGCAGGACUUGUCCUUCCCGCAGAAUUACGCCAGUGACAGCACCAUCCAGCUUUCAGCCUCUACCAUCAAACAGUACAGUCGCAAUGGACAAGUCAAGGUGGUGUUCAUACUGUAUAAAAAUUUGGGAUCCUUCCUAUCCACCGAGAACGCCACAGUAAAGAUGGAAGUGGACGGACUAAACCAAGAUAAGAAGCGCUUGGCAGUCAACUCCCACGUAAUUGCGGCUUCCAUCAACAAAGAGUCCAGCAGAGUGUUUCUCACUCAGCCGGUGGUCUUCACACUCAAACACCUACAGUUGGACAACUAUUACACUCCAAAUUGCUCCUUCUGGAACUACUCUGAGCGCUCCAUGACGGGCCAGUGGUCAUCGCAGGGCUGCAGGCUGCUGGACACCAACGACACACACACCACCUGCUCCUGCAGCCACCUCACCAACUUUGCAGUGCUCAUGGCUCACCAUGAGCCCGACCAGGGGCGGAUGCACAAACUGAUCCUUUUUGUGAUCACCUGGGUGGGGAUCGUCAUCUCCCUAGUGUGUCUAGCCAUCUGCAUCUCCACUUUCUGCUUCCUGCGAGGCCUGCAGACUGACCGCAACACCAUCCACAAGAACCUCUGCAUCAACCUCUUCAUCGCCGAGCUGCUCUUCCUCAUCGGCAUCGACAAGACUGAAUACCAUAUUGCCUGUCCCAUCUUUGCUGGCCUUCUGCAUUUCUUCUUCUUGGCUGCCUUCUCCUGGAUGUGUCUGGAGGGUGUGCAACUCUAUCUCAUGCUGGUGGAGGUCUUUGAGAGCGAGUACUCCCGCAAAAAGUACUACUAUCUGUGCGGCUACUGCUUCCCCGCACUGGUGGUGGGCAUCUCAGCAGCCAUAGACUACAGGAGCUAUGGGACCAAGAAAGCAUGCUGGCUGCGAGUGGAUAACUACUUCAUCUGGAGCUUCAUUGGACCCGUUUCAUUUGUUAUUAUGCUCAACCUCAUUUUCCUCAUGAUCACUUUACACAAAAUGAUCCGCAACUCUUCAGCACUGAAGCCUGACUCCAGCCGCCUGGAUAACAUCAAGUCAUGGGCUCUGGGGGCUGUUGUCCUGCUCUUCCUCCUUGGACUGACGUGGGCUUUUGGCCUCCUCUUUAUUAAUGAGAACACAGUAAUCAUGGCCUACCUCUUCACUACCUUCAAUGCCUUCCAGGGCAUGUUCAUCUUCAUCUUCCACUGUGCCCUGCAGAAGAAGGUCCAUAAGGAGUACAGUAAAUGUCUGCGUCACUCCUAUUGCUGCAGUCGCACGUCCACCAACAGCUCCCACGGUUCCCUGAAGAACUCCGGCCUGCGUGCCAACAACCGCUACUACAGUGGCAGCCAAAGUCGGAUCCGCAGGAUGUGGAACGACACGGUUCGGAAGCAGACGGAAUCUUCUUUCAUGGCGGGGGAUAUCAACAGUACCCCGACACUCAACCGUGCGACCAUGGGAAACCACCUUCUGACGAACCCGGUGCUGCAGACUCGCACUGGUACCUCUCCUUACAACACUCUGCUGGCUGAGAGCUUCACCCCGCCCUCACCUGGUGUUUUCAACUCGACCGGAACCUUCCGUGACCCAAAGAGUACAUUAUCUAAAGCCCGUGACCCCUGUGGAAUGGAAACCCUGCCCUUGAAUGGUAACUUCAACAACAGCUACUCCCUGCGCAGCGGCCCAGCGAGUGGAGGCGGGGGCAGCUGUGAUUUCCUUGGUGGUGGCGGUGGUGGUGAGACCCUGGGAGGGGGAGGCAUCCGACGAAACCUCUCCGAUGCUGCAGCGUUUGAGAAAAUGAUCAUCUCUGAGCUUGUGCACAACAACCUGAGAGGUGGUGUUGGAGGAGGAAGCGGAGGAGCUGUGGCUGGGCCCGAGCUGUCUGUGAACAUGGAUGAAGACGAGGACUUUCUGAGAGAGGGACGGCAGCGUACACCGCAGGAUGUAGAGCUGCUUUAUAAAGCUCUGGAGGAGCCCCUGCUGUUGCAGCGUGCCCAAUCAGUCCUCUACCAGAGCGAUCCAGAGGAGUCGGAGAGCUACACGGCCGACCUCACAGAGAGCCUGGGCCACAGCGGCCACAGUGGCCAGAGUGCUGGCGGGCAGGGAGGCAGCAGAGUGCCAGACUCCCCUGCUCGUGACUCCCUGUACACCAGCAUCACCAACCUGCGAGACUCACCCUACCCUGACAGCAGUCCUGAGCCCCUGGAGGUGGUGCCUCGUUCAGCUCAGCCCCCUGAGGAGCUGUACUACAGCUCUGGGAGGCCCGCCUUGGGCUCUCGUGGGGCCCCCAUGCAGACCUUCCACCAGGCUCCACCUCGGAGACCGAGUGGGGAGGGACACCAGGUUCAGGAGCCUGUCCACAAUGAGGGAGAUGGACAGAUGCAGCUCGUCACCAGCCUGUGACUGGAGCCUUUAGGAGGAAGUUGGGGACUAAUGUGAUGGCCAGAGCCUCCUCCUAGCCCGUCUCGUUCUCGCGUCUCUCCACUUUCUGCUUGUUUGGUUGCCUUUCUUUCUCUUGACGUUUAUUAAAUAACAUAUGAGUAAACAGAAUGACCUUCUGGGGGAGUCGUGGCUGACUCUGCAGAAGCAGCCUUUAUCUUCAACCCCCUCCCCGUUUAUGGAGAUGAGUGAUGGGUGUUUUUCCACAGAGUGUUCAACGGCUCUGUCUAACCCCAGUCGUCCCCAGUUCUUUUGGUACCCUAAGGCCAAGUCCAGCACUCUGAAUGUACCAAUCCACCCCCUUUACCUUUGGAUAUUUCAAAACUUUAAAACUUUGUUAAAGUUUUUUUUAUGUAAUUUCUCUUCAGACCUGCCUCGGGAGAUGGGAAUAUCAUUUUAUAUUUUAUCUCAUUUCCCUUUCUUACCAUCCAUAGGUCUUUUUCGAGUCAUCAUUUGAUAGGAGUAGUUAGCUGUGGAGACAGGGAAUAUAGUAGACUAUUAUAACCUAAAAAAUGUCUCACAGAAAGCUCUUCAUUGUUGCCAAAAAUAUCUUUUAUUGAGCCAGAACAGAAACUAGAACAUUCACAAGGCAAACAGACACACACACAUAUACACUCACUCAUCUAGAAGUGCUCAUUACUGAACAUCAAAAGUGAAAACAGUACUCCACCUAAGUAAAAGGGAGCACGAGCUUUUGUUCCAAGCAGGCAGUGGGAGCUGAUUCAGUGUAGUUGCCUUCAUUUUCUCUUGCUGUGAAUUGACGACUCUGUACAGAAGUGGAGUAGAGAUGGAGACAGAGACUGAGGAGGCGCUGCACCACCCCUCCAGAGAUGGAGAGCCUGCACCCAUAAGACUGGCCGAUCCUCUCCACUGUUCUCUCUGGUUGUUUGCUUUAGGCAUUUGAAAAGUUAAAUGACUGCCUUGCUAUUGUUUUGAAGAGAGUAUUCAAUUUGUUGAUUGGGUCUACAUCCUCUAGGGGCUGCAAGUGUGGAUUGGUGUUGCCCCCUCCCCUUGUACUUUGCUGUUAGAGCCUAGCCAGUUGAAGUGGACUUGAGUACCGCGUGUUUUUGUGACGAGAAAGACUGUAAACGUCACAAACGCACUGGCCGACCAAUUGGUGUAACCGUGUACAUAGGAACCACACGUGAAUCUACUUUAUUCCUACUAUGUAAAUAGAGACACCAGAUGAUCAAAAGCAACAAAAAGUAAUAAAUACUAUGAAAAUGACUUCUUGUACUGCAACAGACUUAUGAAAGAAAAAAAUAAAAUGUUUUGGAGUUUGUGA